AUGGCGCUCCAGAAUGCGAAUCCGGUGAUCCAUGAGCGCAAGGCGACGCGGCGGCAGCGCCCCUCCAUCGGAGACGAGAGCGCCGUGGAAGAAAUCGACGCCUUGGAGCACUUGAGGGAUAUCCGCGAUCCGGAGCAUCCAUACUCGCUGGAGCAGCUAAAUGUGCUCGCUGAAGAGGGGAUCGAAGUGGACGAUAAGCAAAGCUCUGUUCUCACUCUACCGAGGCUGCGGGUAAGAAAAAUUCCUGGAAAGCUUUUUGUUUGUGGAUCAUGGAUCAUUCUUGCAGUGAACAAGCAACUUAAUGACAAGGAGCGCGUUGUAGCGGCAAUGGAGAACCCAUACUUGGCUCAAACCGUGCGGGAUUGCCUAGCUCCUCUAGAAGAGUACGAGUGA